AACCCACGUUGCGACCAGAUUAAUCGUAUCCAAAGUUUGAAUAUUCUUUUCAAUGAAUAAAAUAAAAUAAGAUUUAAUUGAAAAUUCAGUUAAAAUCUGCUUGAAAACUAAGAAUAGAUCGUAUAAAAUGACUUUUUAUAGUAAUGUGAAGCAAAAAUCGUACGUUUUAAAUCCACGGGGCAAACCGUUGUACGAAGAUGCGAAUCGAUUUGGGACAAAGAUGUUGGAGAAAAUGGGAUGGUCCAAGGGUAAAGGGCUUGGAAUGAAGGAAGAUGGCGAACAGAAUUUUAUCCGAGUUUCGCAUAAAACCGAUCAAAAAGGAAUGGGAUAUCAAGACCGCGACGAUCAAUGGACAGGUCAUGAGAAUGCCUUCAAUUCGCUGCUCAAAUCAUUUGAUAAAUCAGAAAAUGUAUCUGAAAAUGAAAGUGAAAACGAAGGCGAUGUGCGAACGGGAUUUGGUUUUGCAUCUGGAGAAAAGAAUGGUAAAAAGUCCAAAUCGAUUAAAUCAACGAUUAGCGGAAAAUCAUUAGAGGAAAUGUCAAAAAAAUCCAGCGUUCGAGUUCACUACAGAAAAUUUACGCGCGGCAAAGAUGUGUCGAAGUACAGUGAAAAAGAUUUGGCCAAUAUUUUCGGGAAGAAAAGCACGGAAGAUGGCGAAACAUUAGAAGUUGCAUCAAAGGAUCCUGAACCGGAUACGAUUGAUACAAAUUUUGGAAUAACAACGAUUGAAACAAACACUACCAUUCAAGACUAUUUUCAGAAGAAGAAAAUGGAUUCAUUGAAGCGCACCCAGGAAAAUACAGGCGAAUCAAAAGAUGAAGUUGAGCCAUCGGUUGAAUUGCCAACAAAAAAGCGCCGAAAAAAAGAUCAAGAAAUGAAAGACACAGUUGUAUCGGAUGAAAUAGACCCAAAAAAUGAAGAACAAUCGUCGGAAGGUAGGAAUGAGAAAAAGAAGAAGAAGAAACCGAAAAAUGAAGAGGCGUCAAUCGUCGUAUCGGAUGAAAACAGUGAAUGUGAAAUUGUGUCCGUUAAAAUGAAGAAGAAGAAAAAGAAGAAAAGUAAAAAGUGUUCAGAAAGUCAAACUGAAAAUGUUGAAACCAACGAAGAAGAGAGUAAUAUUGCCAAUAAUGACACUGUUUGCACUGCCAAUGAUCAGGCAACGGAAAAUGUAUCGAAAAAGAAGAAAAAGGAAAGAAAAAAUUCAACAUCGACAUCAAAUUUUGAACUAGAAAAAAGUGAUGAAGUUUCAGAAUCAGAAAACACUCAAUUUAUGAGCGGUAUUUUAAACAUUUUGGCUAAUAGCUCGGAGCGACCAUCAACCUCAUUGAAUCAAUCCAAGUCAGCUGACAACCGAAAUGGUGAAAUAUCAAGCAAAACAACUCAAAAAAUCGAUAUGGAUGACAUAUUCGAAAUAAAUCGAUAUCACGCCGAAAUGUUUCGAUUCGUUGAUUUGGAUGGAUUUCCAAAUGCGAAUCUCAGCGACUUGAGUGGUUAUGGGUACAGUAAAGAAUUUGAAUUGAAAGUAACCGAAAAAUCAAAAGAUCAGGGUAAAAUUAGCGAUUUGUGGGAUUAUGCUCUCAUUAAUAAGUACGGAAAGGAAGCAGUUCAAGCAACAAAAGCUAAACGAUAUUCGGUGAAACAGCUUAAGAAAAAGAAUUUGUUCAUGAAAUUAUGAUUUUUUUCAAUUGUAUAGAAAUUCCAAAAUAACUUUUAAUAAAUACACACAAAAAAUUAUGUAA